AUGGGUAAACUGGGCCAGGUCUGGCUGGUGAUGGGCAGGAGGGAUUCAAAAGCCAAAAUUUCCAGGCUGGAAUCCCGUCGAGAAGGAAGUAGCUCAGACUCCGUAGGGAGGAGGAAAGGCAACCAGAGCUGGAGUUUCCAGGUCUGGUUUAACGCCCUGGCAUUGCUUGGCACCUUGGCUCUGUGCCAUGGCCUGCGCCGUCCCACCAGCCACCAGCCCCACAGUCACUGCUACAGCGCAAGCGAGCUGCAGGACGGGGAAGCCCCUGCUCACCUGCUGGGGCUGCGAUGGGACCACUACCUACCAGUGCAACUGGUGCCACAACUGGAGCGGCUGCAAGAAGUCACCAACGGCCACCGCCGACAUCGCCGCCACCGGCACCGCGCCUGCCCUGCUCUGCAGCUCCGUGCUGGCCUCCGCAGCGAGCCCAACGAGCGCUCCAUCUCCCCCUGGAGGUACCGCAUCGACGAGGAUCAGCACCGCUACCCCCCCAAGCUGGCCUUCGCCGAGUGCCUCUGCAGUGGCUGCAUCGACGUCAAGACAGGCCGGGAGACCACCUCGCUCAACUCGGUGGCCAUCCACCAGAACAUGAUGGUGCUGAGGCGCAAGCCCUGUCCUCGCCCCGCUGCCCACGGCCUCGUCACCUUCGAGGUGGACUACAUCAGGGUGCCCGUGGGCUGUACCUGCGUCCUGCCCCGCACCGCUCGCUGAGGAGC